GGACUAGAAUUCACAAGAGGAGAUGAAAAUCAACCAUAACUACUUCAUCUCACCUAUUUUUUCCUCAAGGGAAGCGUUUAUAAUUUAUCGCCGGCUUAUUAUUUAUUUAUAUAUUAUUUAUUGCCUAAGUUUAAAAAUGAAAAAAAGCCAACGGUUUUGACUGUUUCAAACUUUAGCCAAUAUAUUGAGUGUUAAUGAUGGCACUAUUACGCAGAUCUCGCCAGCCAAACUAACGAAGGAGGCAGGCAUCCUUCGUGCAAUUGAAAAAUUCGACGUCAUCCUAAAUUUUGAAGCAGGAAGGAUAACACGUGCGCAUUUUGCCAUCGUAAAUCAGACACUUGAAGUUGAUCAUAGCCAUAGACAGUUUACAUAAGUUUGUUGAAAUAUAUUAAAAUAUAAAAAUUGAUUUGAUAACGUGACAAAUAUCUGCACCAGAAAAAUAAUUUAUAACUUGGUUAUCGUGCCAAAUUUGAAUUUCAAUUUCCUUCCUGUAAGUCAGGAAGGAAAUUAGUUGUUGUUCAACCCGCGGGAUAUUUACAAAAGUAAAAGGAAGAGAAGUCCUAAUCUCGUUCAAUAUUACACCUAUAUUUGUUUUCCUCUUGCAGUUUCAUAAUUGCUUUCAUGUCACGGGCUUUAUUAGCGGAUCAGAGUUUUCAGGUUUUUCAGUGCUUAACUUUCUGACUGAUAUCGACGAAAACAAAGCCUAUAUCAGCUGUUUUGUUUUGUUUACUUUCAGUGAAGCGUUACCUACGCGAUGUCGAGGCUAUUGGGGCUCGAGGUCUGAACUAUGGCGCCAGUUUUGAAAGUCUUUGAUUAAAAGCGCGCUUACGAGUAACACCUUUGGAUAGAGCAUUAAAGGGUCACCCCAGGGAGUUCAAACGAAGGAAGACCGAAGAAAGCUUUUGGGUGAAGCGAAGUGUGGAGAAUUGAUUCAGUCCCUUUAACGUAAUCCUGCUUUCUAGCAAGCUCUUCGCUUGGAGGAAGAAUUACAACGUUUUCACUGCCCCAGAGAGUAUUUAAAGAUGUAAGAAGAGCUGAAGAAAUGUGAAAGGUGACGGAUUUGAGUGGGUCGCCAAAAACUUUCACAAUGACAUGAAUUUCGCUGUCGAGAAAGCAUUGAGUUUCUGGAAGCGGUUGAUUGUAAAAUAGCAUUGAAGCUAGAAGACGGCACGAGGCGAGAUCCUGGAUUUGAACAGUUUAAAAAUCGGAAUAACUAGCUAAAGUAGAUUGUAGCACAAUGGAUAUCAUGAUAAUGAUAAUUCUCGGCAUAGUAGGCGGUGUCAUGAUCGCCACUGUAGCAGUUUGCGGUAUUUACUACUCGUACAGAACGAAAAAUGACCGAGAGAAGGAGAAGACCGCGGCAAAAGUCGCCAAGAGUACACCCGCACGGAGGAGCGUUCGUACAGAAAGCGAACCAUAUGUUGUGUACCAGGACGAAUCUCUUGUGGAUUUUGACAGCAUUCCUGUACAACCUGAAACUAAAAGACCAAUCAGGUCACCCGAUGACGUGUAUCCCCCGCUGAGAGAGGAAGAGCAGGACGACUACCUACUGAGUAACCUGGAUAUGGAUAUCAGUCCCACCUCGGUCAUACCACCGGAGGAAACAAUAGAAAGGAAAGGAUGUUUGGAAUUUACCUUACAUUAUUAUCAAUUAAGUUCUACCUUAACGCUAACAUUAAUUCGUCUUGGUGACCUUCCUCUGCGGGUUUCCACGGGCAAACCACCAGACCCGAUGGUCGAGUUCGAGAUCAAAUAUGGCCAUGACGGCAAAAUCAAGUCUGAAGUGUAUCAUACAACUUGUAAUCCACACAUGUACGAGAGCUUCCGAUUCGAAAUCCCUGUCAACGACCUUGGAAACCAGACGCUAACAUUCAAAGUGAUUGACAUGAUGAAAACGAACUUACCGGAGCCACCACCCCCACCGGAGCCCCCACAGGACAAAAAGAAGAAGAAGAAAGAACCACCGCCGCCGCCACCUCCUCCUCCACCACCCCCACCCCCCACGCUGAUAGGAUUUGUUACGGUUCCUCUAGUCAGCGUGGCGAUGAAGAAGCUAUUGUCCGAUACUGAGAUUACAAUCCUGCGUGACGUCAUUAAACUCAAACCCAGGCGUUCCUCACCAGAGAAGGUUGAGAGCACUGGAGGCGAGACGGUUGCAUCCACUACAGGUACUGGUACAGAUGACUUUGAGGAUGCACUGGACACUGUGGACGCCGAAGAUAAAGAUAAGAAAGAUAAAGAAGAGGAAGUGGAAGCAACUGAAGACAAUCAGUCUAAAACCUCUCAGGUGGAAGAAAAACCACCAGAACCAGUCCCCCCAGCUCGUCCUUCGGUCACAUUUUCCCGUGAGGUGGAGUCGGAAAUUAUGGGACCUGCGCUGCUGGUGUCGCUGGCAUACCUAAAAACAUCUGAGAAACUCACGGUGAUCGUGAUGAAAGCGCGAAAUUUAAAAUUACUCAGCAAAAAUAAAAAGCCCGAUCCAUUAGUUAAAGUGUAUAUUAAAAUGGGCGAUAAAAAAUUGAAGAAACGCAGCACAGUGGUGAAAAAACACGACGUGCUCCCUGUGUGGAACGAAGCGUUCAGUUUUGCCAUUCCCCAUCGAAUCCUGCUCAAAGUCUCAGUUCUUUUACAAGUGAAGCACUUUUCUGAGCGAGGGAAAAAGAGGUUGCUCGGGAAAGUCGUGAUAGGACAAACAGCAAACGACGAAGCGGUGGAUCACUGGAACGCCAUGCUGACGACUGCAACAUCUAUUGCCAAGUGGCAUUCAUUAGAAGAAGAAAAGCCAAGUGUAAAGAGAAGCAAAACGCCGACAAAACAAAAGGCGACGUGACAUUUUUGAGUUGUGUACUCAAUAACAAAUGGCCAACAUCAAGCUCGCAAUGAAACGUGGGUAGCCAUUACCACCUGAUUAACUUUUUGACAUGUUGCUGUGACAUCAUGCUGCUUUACCCAACGCUUGGCCCAUCAAAAACGAGUUUGAUCAUCUUUCAGCACUCAAAAUAGUCACGUGCCGAUACGCUGUUGGUGCCGUUUUUUGAUUUGCUGAAAAGUUUGGAAAACCAACUGAGUGGAUGCCAAAAAAAAUUAAAAUUAAAAUUAACAAAUUCAGCGAUAAGUCGCGUUUUACUCUAACUUUUGUUGUCAGUUGAUAUGGUUUGAUGAUAUCUAAUGGUUAUGUCUACAAGUAUACAUUAAGGUUUUUUGUACAUUUUUCUACGAUUUGGCCUUCUGUUCACAUGUUAUAAAGAUGACAUGAGAAAAUUGUUUGUUCGUUGUUGUUAAAAACCAAUCUUUUGAAGUGGAGGGUUUUAAAAAGAUAAACAGUUAACCGUAUUUAAAAAACACUUGCGUUUUGUUCACUGAAAAUUGGCGCGAGAUUUCAACUUAUGAGGGAAUGUUUGUUUACAAUAAUUGCCGCAUUAGCAUUAUGGACCUAGUGGUCUCUUGGUGUUGGUCAUUUGGUUUGUUUUUCGAGUCACUUCGGACUUCACCUAGAAUCUCUGUUCUCUUACAAAAUUUUAAAACUUCUACUUCCAAGCUGUAAAAAUAAGCUAAUUAUGUAGCAAAGACUAAGUAAAAUCGAUUAAGAUAGCUCGCACUGACUGAUCAGUGCAAGUAAUCUUUUAUUAGAGCGGUUUUCCAUCGAGGGUCUAGAGUAAUUCGCCCUCGGUUUGAUUUACCUGUACUGCGCUCUGUGAUUGGUGUAAAAAACAUCUCACGUCAGCGGAUGAGCCAAUCAGAUACAACGGCAGAGAUUUGGUCGCCAGCGUUUUCCCGCGCUUAGCGCGUAGGGUAUUUAUUUUGAGCUCUUGUUGGCUCCCCGCGUAGUUUACGUUGGUUGUGAUUAACUUUCUUUCUGAUUUUUUUGGUCUUGGUUCAGUUUCAAGAGACUCAAAUGAAAACCGCUCUAUUGAGAGACAAUUUAAAAUAGGUAAUUGCUACACCUUCUACUGUUUUGAGGAAAACGCCCUUUUGCUGGAACAAUAUUCCCAACUUUUCCUGUUUGGGCCAUGAGCAAUAAGAAAAUUGAGAAUUCGCACAUUCAAAAAAUACCAUUCGAUAUGGUUUAAUAAGUGAGUGAUUUCGUCAUUCUACAAAUUAUCCCAGGUUUAGAGGGGAGGGAAAAUCGCUGGUUGAUAAGGUCCGUUUUUUACCCCUCCCUCUCCCCCCCCGCCCCGAAAGGUACGAAGGAAUGAGUUUUGAAGCGCAUUUAAGUUUUCAGUAUCUUGGGUGGCAGGGUGGGGAAAGAGUAUUUAUUUUCAAGGGUCUUCUUUUAAUGGGAGAAGGGUUUGUUUUAAAUGAUAUUUAUAACAGCUAAUGUCUAUGAAAAUUUACAACUGUAUAACUACUAAUAUUGACUUACAGCUUAGGUUUUAUGGAACAUGUUAAGUUCUAACAAGGAGUGUAGAGCUUACUAGAGGUCUUCAGAGGGGAAGGGGGGGUUCUUAAAAGGAGAGCAGAAGAGAUGUUUUUGGCAUCUGCACUGGAAUACGUUUUAUAACCACGUUUUUAAUAUAUUGUUUCAUUGUGGUAUUUCAGUGUAACCGAUUUGGUAUAUUUUUGCUAUAUGUUAUUAUCUGAAUAAUUACCUUUAUUAUAUGGCUAGCUCUGUGAGCGAGCAAGAUGAACUAAAUCCUGCGCUGUGAUUGGCUACCCGAGCGGGCAAGAUGACCUCUAUCUUGCCCGCAAUAAAGAAUUCCCCGAAAGCCCUACAAUAAAUCGUUUAUUGACGGUUAGUUAAUAAACCAUCAUGUCUAUAUUGUAAAGCUAAUAACUGGAUUUAGCGCUGUUAUACAGCUAUUGAUUGAAAGAAGUCAUUAAUUUCUUGUCAUUUUCAUGACGCCCUGGAAAAAUAAAAACCCUCUUAAUAAC